AUGACGACGCAGAAGAAACCCGGAGGUUAUUGGAGCGAAGCGAAUCCGGUUCCUACAAUUCAACAAUUUCUUGAGGAAUUAGAUGCUGGAAAGGCAGAAAGAGAUAAGCAAAUUGAUGAAGAGGCUAAGAAGAAGACCACGCCGCCAAACCAGCCAUCUGCUGCGGCCGUGCCUCAUCGAAAGCCAACGGCGCCCAAAUCCAAGGGCCGACUAGUGACGGAUCCAACUACGGGGGCGCAGGUGGAAAUUGAUGAUGUAGGGAAGGAAUUUAUGAAGGCUGUUAAGGAACCCCAGCUAUCUAUCCCGAAUGCGAAUCUUGGGUUGCCUACUUCCCUAAAAACCAAACCCUCACAGUCCCUAGAGGAGUAUAAGCACACUCAAGAUAUUGUAUCACCCCCAGAGCCUAUUGCGGCUGGUACAACGAGCGAUGUGCCCAUCCACGGCGAAAGGACCAAUGUCCUGUUCCAUCCAACACCUUCAAUUAGCUACGAGCCUAUGUUCAAGGUGUUAGAGAAGAAUGCUAGCAUACUGUGCUCCGUUAUAUUCGUCGCAAUAUUAGUCGUUGGACGUAUUGCUGGAGGUCAGAUAAAAUGGAUGCUACCCCUUGCCUGUUGUGUUGCUACAGGUGUAUGGUUCUGGACAUUCGACCUUAUCCGAAGAGGAAGAACCUUUCAAUGGCACUCCGAAAAGCUUCGCGGGCAAACAGCCACUGCCAAUCUCCUUCCAGAGUCUGCAGAAUGGAUGAAUUCAUUCGUGGAGAUACUUUGGGGCUUGAUCAACCCGGAAAUGUUCGCAAGUGUUGCCGACACUAUCGAAGAUGUGAUGCAUGCAUCGUUACCCGGUGUAAUCGAGAACGUGCGGAUAGCUCAGAUCGACCAAGGCUCAAACCCCUUGCGAAUAAUCAGCUUGAGGUCGUUGCCUGACGGUCAAGUUACGGAUUUGAUUGAAGGCUUGCGCACUUACAAUAAGGAAAACAAAGACGAACAGGAGGCAGCCGCCGCUGAAGAAGGAGGCCAACCCUACAAUCUUGAAUGUUCUUUCGCAUAUCAUGCCAAACCAACCGGCACAACGGCCUCUUCCAAAGCGCAAAAUAUGCACAUGAUGGUCGUCUUCUACCUUGGGGUAAAGGGGCUCUUUGGUGUCCCAUUGCCGAUCUUUGUUGAAUUAUCAGAGCUUGUUGGCACAGUCAGGUUGCGAUUACAACUUACUCCCGAAGCACCCUUUGCCAAGAGCUUGACCUUCAGCUUAAUGGGCAUGCCACACAUCAAAGCCGGCUGCACACCCAUGAUCAAACGAGGUAUCAAUAUUUUGAAUCUCCCGUUGAUAUCGAAUUUUGUCAAUUAUGCCAUUUGUGCUGCGAUGAGUAUGUACGUGGCUCCAAAGUCAAUGUCGCUUGAUCUUGGUAUGAUGCUCGGUGGUGAUGAUAUACAAAAGGAUACCAGUGCAUUGGGUGUUUUCUGGGUGAGAAUCCAUCGUGCCAAUGGAUUGAGCAAGCAAGAUAAACGAGGCAGCAAAGGCGGUGGUAGCGACCCUUACAUCAAUCUGUCAUUCUCGAAGUACGGCAAACCGAUGUAUUGUACGAGAGUUAUCUGUGAUGAUCUCAACCCAGUAUGGGAGGAAUCUGCACCGCUCCUUGUGACCCCUGAGCUUAUCAAGGCAGACGAGAAGCUUAGUGUAGAGUUAUGGGACUCUGAUAGGAGUACGGCCGAUGAUAUAGUUGGAAAGGUCGAGCUUUCCAUGCAGAAUUUGCUUCAACAUCCUGGAAAGAUGUUUCCUAUUACUUCUAAAUUGCAGGGUAUGGAUGCAGGCACCGAAAUGCCUGGCGAGCUUUAUUGGGAAGUAGGAUACUUCCGCAAAACACGUUUCCGGCCCGCUCUUCGCACGGAUGGGAAAGAUGCAUCCCUUCCAAGUGAUUUGAAGGACCACCCGGCCCUCCAAGACGAGAAAGGAAAUGUUCCCCCGCCUCCGCCGCCACAGGACGACGAAGAGGCCGUUACAUGUACGCCGCCUGAUCCCCUUUGGCCCAGCGGUAUAUGCACAGUUAUCAUCCACCAGAUUGUCAACCUGCAAGUUCAGGAUAUCAAGGGAACUCUGAAGAAUCGAAAAGGACAUGAAUACGAUGCGGCUAGGUCGUAUGGGGAGAGUACCGGAGAGGAAGGAGAUCAAUUCCCAACCAGUUAUUGCAGUAUCCUGUUCAAUGAUGAGCCAGUAUUCCGCACCCGAGCUAAAGCAGUGUCCAGUAAACCAAUAUUCAAUGCUGGAACAGAAAGGUUCAUCCGAGACUGGAGAUCAGCCAUGGUUACCAUUGCUAUUCGCGACCAGAGGCACCGAGAGCAUGAUCCUAUUCUAGGCAUUGUGCCCCUCAAGCUCUCCGAUAUUCUCCAAGCUAGCUCCCAAGUCACUAGAUGGUACCCGCUCGACGGAGGUAUUGGUUUCGGACGCAUCCGUAUUUCCCUUUUGUUCCGGAGUGUUGAACUCAGGCUUCCUCGCCAGCUACUUGGCUCCCGUGGGAAGCUCAAGAUGCGGACUAGCGGAGCUCACGUUUCAAUACCGCGUUCUGCUUUUACUCAAGAUCCAAACGAGGAUGGGGGUUAUUAUGAUCUCAAUUCUGGAUUGAAGGAAGAGCUUGUGCUACCAACCAAGCAUCGUUACCGAUCCGCUAUAAUAUUUGAGAUACCCCAUACUUCGGGUACCGCUCACGCACUCAUGUGGCUCCAGCAUCUCGUUGAUAACGAGGAAAAGACCUUGGAUAUACCAAUUUGGACAGCGAAGAACUCUGCACGACUAGUGCAGAACUACAUCUCUGAGGAAAAUUGGGAAACGGAGAAGAAUAGCCCAGGUUUAGAAGACCUUGAAAUGGUUGGAAGAUUGCAAUUUACCUGCUGCUUUACCCCUGGGUUUGAUCAAUGCCAUGAGAAACUUGUCACCAACAACGAUUCCAGGGAAUCCUUCGAGACCUGGGAGGCAUGCAUAUCAGAAGGAGUGCGAGGAGGGAUCCAGUCCGAGGUCCCCCCCACGGUGAAGAGGCUACAUGAGAAAUCUCUUGUUCAGGAACGAGAUAUACUCCGUCAAGCUAACGCCAAACUCCGGAGGCCAAAAUCUAAGGAUAGCGACUUAUCCUCGAUUGACGAUGUCAUCCGAAAAUCCAUAACCGGCAACGACAGCUCUCGUAUCAACGCCGAGGCAGCGCCCAAAGGAUACGAGAGCCAGAGUAGGGAUCCCUCUCCGACGACUGCAGGGAGUGCAAACCGCCAAACAGUCCCAGCUCCCAUGGCAAUGAACGGGGACGGCGUGCGUGACGACAGCAAUCCACAAAUGAUAGCCCAAGCGGACGGCCCAGUUAGCGGUCCUGCUGAAGCGACUGAUGGAUAUACAGAAGAGGCUGCUGCAGGUGGAGUUCCGACGUCUCAAACUCAAGCAGCCUACGAUCAGGAUGAUAGCAGCGUUAGUGACUAUAGCGAUGACAGUGCCGAUGCUGCGUUAGCUAACGGAGUCGCCUCAGAGUCCAGUCACGAAACGACCGAGGAGCGCAAACAGCGAAUUGGGAACAGAGAAAACCGACGAAGCGAAUGGCGGAAGCAUCGUGGCGUGAUGCAAUGGCGCCCAGCCCGUAAUGCCGCUUUUGUAAAACACGAAGCUACGUUUGCGAUGAAAAAGGUGAAGGACAAGCUUAUGGGCGAUCUGACCGGCCGGGAGCCAGAUAUUCGUACCGAAGUUGGAUGA